AGUUCAUGUUGUAAUCAAUGAUUGUGACAUCAUUUGAUACCAGUUUACACAGUAUAAAUUCUCUUUACUGUAGUGAUUCUUCUUAGUGCUUUCAUACCAUUUGGUAUUGUUAAUAAGACUGAUACUUAAGAAUAAUAAUAGCAAAACAACCAGGAACAAAGUACAGUAAUAUUAGUUUUUUUCUUAAAUAUUAAAAUGUAUUGUAUUUUGAGAGUAAUGCAGUGUUCAAAACAACUGCAUAAACAUAAUAAAAUAUCAUUGUAUAUACAUAAAUAUAACAAUAGUACAACAACAAAUAUUAAAAAAUUACUUCCUCAAAACGAUGAGUUUCAAAAUAGACAUAUCGGACCAAGAAAAUACGAACUGACAAAAAUGUUGCAAACCAUUGGUUUCACGAAUCUAGAAGAAUUAACAAAAACUGCUAUACCAAACCAUAUUCUUCAUAAUGGAGAUUUGAAUAUCGAACAACCAAUUACUGAAUAUGAAUUAAUUAAAAGAAUUACGAAAAUUUCGGAAAAAAAUAAAGUAUAUCGUUCUUAUAUCGGUAUGGGCUAUCACAAUUGUUGCGUACCUCAUACUAUAAUGAGAAAUAUUUUUGAGAACCCUGGAUGGACCACACAAUACACACCUUAUCAGCCAGAAAUUGCUCAGGGCAGACUGGAAGGUUUAUUAAAUUAUCAAACUAUGAUAUGCGAUUUAACCGGAAUGGAAAUGGCAAAUGCAUCUCUUUUGGAUGAAGGUACUGCUGCAGCGGAAGCUUUAGGUCUUGCCUACAGGCAAAAUAAAAGGAAUAAAUUAUUCGUAUCUGAUAAAGUACAUCCUCAAACGAUUGGCGUUAUUGCCACUCGUGCUACUUCCCUUGGUCUCGAUCUAGAAAUUGGAAACAUUUUUAAUGUUGAUACUAGCAAAAAGGAUAUAUCUGGUAUUCUUCUGCAAUAUCCUGAUACCACUGGAUCCAUUUACGAUUUCACUGAACUUACACAAAAAGCACAAGCCGAUGGAACCCUUGUUUGCGCUGCCAGUGAUUUAUUGGCAUUAGCUUUGAUUAAUCCACCGAAUGAAUUUUCUGUAGACGUAUGCGUUGGAACGAGUCAAAGAUUUGGCGUGCCGCUUGGAUACGGAGGUCCUCAUGCAGGAUUUUUUGCGUGCAAAAAAAAAUAUGUACGUUUAAUGCCUGGUAGAAUGAUCGGAGUUACGAGAGAUUGUAAUGGAAAAGAUGCAUACCGUUUGACUCUUCAAACGCGUGAGCAACACAUCAAACGAGAUAGAGCGACUAGUAAUAUUUGUACUGCUCAAGCAUUAUUAGCAAAUAUGUCUGCAAUGUAUGCAGUGUAUCAUGGUCCUGAGGGAAUUAAAAAUAUUGCUUCGAGAGUACAUCAUUUAACUUUAGCUCUUGCUAAAGGUUUACAAUCUACCGGGCAUAAAAUAAAUAAUGAGUAUUUUUUUGAUACCAUACAGGUAUUACCGAAUAUUCCAUUAAAUAUUUUAAAAGACAAUGCUGUUAAAGCUGAAAUUAAUUUAAGAUAUUUUUCAGAUAAUUCGGUUGGUAUAUCUCUCGAUGAGACAACUACGAUACAAGAUGUAAAUGAUCUACUCAACAUUUUUUCUGCAAACGUGACAGUAGAAGAAAUAAUUAAAUCUAAUUCUUUAUAUGAUCGAUCCUUAGAGGAUUCACCUUUUAAACGUACUUCUUUAUAUUUACAACAUCCUGUAUUUAAAAGCCAUCAUUCUGAAACCAGAAUAGUAAGAUAUAUGAAAUAUUUAGAAAAUAAGGAUGUAUCUCUUGUUCACAGUAUGAUUCCUUUAGGUUCAUGUACAAUGAAACUGAAUUCAACGACUGAAAUGAUGCCAUGUAGCUUACGAGGAUUCACAGAUAUACAUCCUUUUGCACCAAUAGAGCAAGCACAAGGAUAUCAAGAAUUAUUUACAGAAUUAGAAAAAGAUCUUUGUGCUAUUACAGGAUACGAUAAUAUUAGUUUUCAACCGAAUAGUGGGGCUCAGGGCGAAUACGCAGGUUUAAGAGCUAUACAGUGUUAUCACGAAUCGAAAGGGCAUAAACAUAGACGAGUUUGUUUAAUUCCUGUGUCUGCUCAUGGAACAAAUCCAGCUUCAGCACAAAUGGCUGGCAUGCAAGUUAAACCUAUAUUUGUAUGCAGGGAUGGUUCUAUUGAUAUUGUGCAUUUGAAAGAAAUGAUUAAACAAUAUCAAGAAAGUUUAUCGUGUUUAAUGAUAACGUAUCCAUCAACGAAUGGAGUAUUUGAAGAUACUAUUGGAGAUAUAUGUACACUAGUUCACGAUGCUGGUGGUCAAGUAUAUUUAGAUGGCGCAAAUAUGAAUGCUCAAGUUGGUUUAUGUCGGCCUGGAGAUUAUGGCAGCGAUGUAUCGCAUCUAAAUUUACAUAAAACAUUUUGUAUACCUCACGGUGGUGGUGGUCCUGGUAUGGGACCCAUUGGUGUAAAGAAACAUCUUGCAUCCUUUCUUCCAAAUCAUCCAGUGAUCAAUUCAACGAUUAACGAUUUACAAAAUUUAAGAGAAUCUGGUGCUGUAUCAGCAGCUCCUUUCGGUUCGUCCGCUAUAUUACCAAUCUCAUGGGCUUAUAUCAAAAUGAUGGGACCAAAAGGUUUACGUAAAGCAACGCAAGUAGCUAUUCUUAAUGCAAAUUAUAUGAGUAAGAGAUUAGAAAAGCAUUACAAAACACUGUAUAAAGGUAAAACAGGAUUAGUUGCUCAUGAAUUUAUCUUGGAUGUAAGAGACUUUAAAAAGACUGCAAAUAUUGAAGCAGUAGACAUAGCUAAAAGAUUAAUGGAUUAUGGCUUUCAUGCUCCCACCAUGAGUUGGCCUGUAGCAGGAACAUUAAUGAUAGAACCAACCGAAUCGGAAGACAAAGCUGAAUUAGAUAAAUUCUGUGAUGCUCUCAUUUCUAUUAAAAGUGAAAUUAAUAAUAUUGAAAUUGGCAAAUACGACAUAGAAAAAAAUCCUCUAAAAAAUGCACCUCAUACAGAAUUACAAGUUUUAGCGAAAGACUGGAAUUUGCCAUAUUCUCGAGAAACAGCUGCUUUUCCUGCUAAAUUCGUAAAGAGCAAUAAAAUUUGGCCAAGCAUUGGUCGAAUAGAUGACACGUAUGGAGACAAACAUUUGUUUUGCAUUUGUCCACCUGUUACAUCAUAUUAAUUAGGCUUCCAAUAUUUUUCUUUUGUACAGUUAUUUAUA